AUGCGAUUGGUGUUACCUGUAUUUUUUCUCAUCUCUGUGCUCUUUCUCAAUGAGACUUUGGCAUCUAAAAUAAAGCUUACCAAUGUCAAGUGCGAAUCUUUUAAUCAGUCCUGGGUUACCAUUGAUCACUGCCGACUAAGAGCCAUUAACCGCUAUAAGACAGUAUGUAAUAUUAAUGCCACCUUCCACCAUCCGGCGACAAAAAUCAAAGUAAGAUAUCAAGUUCUAAAAAGGGCUAAUGGAUAUAAACCUUGGUUGCUCGAUGCUACCAUCGAUGCCUGUGCUUUUAUGAAAAAACCUAAUCACCCAGUGGGAAAAAUUAUUUACAAUAUGAUCAAGAAUUGCUCAACAGUCACUCACACUUGUCCCUAUGUGGGUCUCCAAUAUGUAAAAAACUUUUAUGUAACCCCGGAGCAAAUACCUUUGCCUUUACCGUCUGGCGACUACGCUCUAUUUCUUACUUGGUUAUUCUCGGAUAAACCUCAAUUUGCUACAAACGUAUAUUUCACAUUUACAGAGGAUCUGCUAAAGCAAUGA